AUGUCGUCGCUCUACCAUCCUCACCCAUCCGAGGACGACGAGCCAUCCAACAAGCGCCGCAAGGUCAACACCUGCCUCCAAUGCAAGGCGCGCAAAGUCAAGUGCGACAAGGUAAGGCCGCUCUGUGGUCCCUGUCAGCGUCGACGUGUUCCGGCAGACCGAUGUGUGUUUGCGGACGAGGCGGAUCCAGAGACUUUGCAGCACUACUUGGGACCCGACUACCUGGCUCAGCAGGGAUACGAUGUCAACGAGGUCGACUCACAGCCGAGCACAUCAGCAGCAGGGCUGCUGGGUCUGCAGAACCCACAGGCUCGUGCAGUGCUGGACCGGAUCACACAGCAGAUGCGCCAGGGACAAGAAGCGAAUGGUGAGCUCGGCGCAGCUUACGGGUCAAAUGGAAUUCUAGGGGGCGAUCAGUUGAACAACAAUGGUGUGGCACAGGCCGCAGCAGCUGCAGCAGCAGUCGAUCCUAGCUUGGCCGGAAGCUUAUUGGCGAGCAGUAGUGUCGCAGCCAACGGCAGCUCUGCAGGCAAAGGCGAUGCUGACGCAGUUAGCACUCUGCUGGAAGGCAACCUGUUCCCCUUUGCAUGCGAGCCGACGCAUGAUCGCACCAAGCUCAUCUUGGGACUGCUUCCCAACGACCACGUCGUCAAUGUGCUGCUCGACAGCCUGCGCACCUUCGAGACCAAGUCUCCGCUCGGCAUCAGUUGGCGUCUCAUCCGAGUGCAGCUGAUCAACCUGCGUGGCGACAUUUCGGACUGGAGGACGGGCCAGCUGGAGGAGCCCGAUGUCGAUCUGACUUUCCUAGCGCUUCUGUUCGAGCUCAUGGUGGCGGCGAUCGACUGCAAGCCCGUCGAGGAAAUCAUCAGCGAAGGUAUCGCUCUGACGGCAGAACAGGUGCCAGAGAUGACAGAGCGCUGGCAUGCUACCUGCCAAGCGCUUCUCGCGAUGAGUGACUUUUGGCACGAGCCCAACUUCAACACGGUCUGCACCGAGUUUCUGUUCUAUCUCUACGAGCUGCGACGAGGGCGAACACGAGUCGCCUCACAUCAUCUACAGAGCUCAUUUCAAAGCGCAAAGGCGAUCUGCAUGCAUCAGCUGGGCUCGGCUCAAGACGAUGCAGAGAGAUGGCAGGCCACUGCCGAGACGGACGAUGUCACCAUCCGAACGGGCGCGGUCACAGCCAUGCGCAAGGCGCAGUUCGAGGGUGGCGAAGUGUACGCCAUCAGCGAAGAGCAAAUUGCACUCGAAUCAAUCCGCGAUCCUUCCACCGUUCGUCGUCGAGAGCUGCUGCAGACCAACAUCCCCGAUCGCACGCACCUCGUUCGCGAAGCAGCCCGCAUGUUGUGGGUAUCGAUAAAGUGGCACCUUGGAAUGAUCACGCCACCUGCGCCGCUCGGGGAGCCCAUCGACAGCACGAGCUGGUCGACAUCACUUGGCUCGAUCGACGAAGCACACCUCCCCGACGGCGAGUCGGCCGCUCUCCCAACAGGCACGAGUCUGAGCUCGAUCUCAACGCACUUCUUCCAAUUCCUGUCCGCAUCAACGCAGUUCCUCCUCCGUCACCAGUCAACUCAGCACGCCUCCACAAACGGCACCGACCUGCUGACCACCAUCUCGGAAUGGAACAGCAUCGCCGAGUCGCACCUUGCGCAGAUGCGCGAUCUCGUCGGCGCCAACCGGGCGAUGCUCAACCAUUUCUCCCUGCUCAUCCAUCACUGGGUUCGAAUCCGACUCCUUCGUCCGCACCUUCACCAGCUUGAAUCCAGCACCACCCUUUCUGCCUCACGGACGACGCUCACCACCUCCUGCAGCGAAGCCCUGCUGCAAGUGCAAAAGAUCAUCGCGGCCUCCGAUGUGGACCUGUCGAUCUUUGCUCCGCUGAUCGUAACCGUUAAAGUGGACGCGACGCUGCUGCUUGCAUUGCAUCUGCUGCAUCGAGCCGGGUCGAACGAUUAUAACUCCUCGUCGGAGUGGCGCGAGGUGCGAAGGGUGGCCAAGAGCUCGUUGUUGUUGAUCUGGACACAUGCGGAGGAUGCGAAGCGCGGAAGGGUCAAGGGCACGCGGCAGCUGGUAGAGGAGGUGUUGUUGGCGGCGUUCGAGCGGAAGGCGGUGGCUCUGCGAGAGCUGCCCCGGGUAAAAGGCGAGGACGAGGAGGAAGGAGCUGGCGAGCUGGAUCGGGAGGAUCGGUUGGAUGCGCAUCUCGGUGCGCUCGGUGGGGAGUCGGGUUUGAAGGUGUACAGGGAUGCACUGUUGGGUGGCGAGAAGGUGCCGCCGCUCUUCUUCGAGCUCCUGGAUGGCUAUGUGCGCACGCUCUGA